AGGAGUGUUUCACUGUUUAAACAAAAAGCCUUCACAGGAAUGUAAACAGACAUAAUAAAUAAUUGUGAAAUCUCAUUUAAACUUAAGGUGAUUCAUUCCUGGUUAUUUGGCAGAUAUAUUUUUUUUAUCAUUUAUUUGUUUUAUAAUUAAUUUUUAUUGGUGUUCAUUAUGGAAGGCAGCAUUUGAGAAAGAAAAAAAACAUAUUUAAUCAAGCAUGAUGUUUAUGUAAAUGAAUAGCGCAUGCAAGCCUUCUGUGCUCGAAGCUGAUUGGUCAGCACAGCUGUCACUUUCACGCGCCUACAGGUGACCGACCUACGAAAACAAAAAGCGGGCCGCUGAAGCGGUAUGACGACGUGAAAUACAAAAAAAAGUCACACAGGGGACACUUUUCUACCAGUUUCACUUCCAGAAACCGGAGGAGGAAGCGAUACUAGAGCGCGGCUCCGACACCGUCACCGAGCUGCGCGUCUGCAACAGCCGGGUUUUAACUUUGUACUUUCUGACCUUCAGCGGCUAUCACACCAUCUUUCGGGCUGGACUGUGCGGCAGCUGCUCGGCCCCCACGCCCCCCUGCCAUGGUGUCUCGCGUAGGCAUGCGCCAGCUGCUCAUGCGCGAACAAUUGCAGCAGGAGGAGCAGCGGGAACGUCAGCGUCACCUGCAUCAAAUGCAACAGCAGGUGUCCGGAUCUGCUCCCACACCCGCCAUCAAUGCACCUGUGCACUUCCCAGCACCAAUGCAGGUGCCUGUCGAGGUGCUGAAGGUACAAACACAUCUGGAGAACCCCACUGACUACCACAUCCGCCAGUCUCAGAAGCAGCAGGUGAAGGAGUACCUGCAUAGUACAUUCGCCCCCAAGCAAGCUGUCCAUGCUGCAGCUGGGAUAGUCCACCCCUCUUCACCCAGCAUGGUGCAGUGCCAGUCAGCCGGUGCUGUGCAACCCUUGCCGUCACCAUGUGCGUCACAGCUUGUCACCCCCACAGGGAACAGCGCCCCCAACAGUCCUAUGGCUAUGCUGAACAUCAGCUGCAGCCAUGAGAAAGAGCAGAUGGAGGAAGUUAUUGAGGACAUCAUAAGCAUGCAGUCCAGCUACGACCCUGUGGUACAGAUGCCAAACACACUGCCUCUGUCCAGCAGCCAUUUGGACGUGUACACUGGACCUGGCAUGGCAGGUCCUGCCAUCGGCAUGACUAGCAACUCCUGCCCUGCCAACCUACAUCACAAAAGAGAGAUAUCAGAUGCUGAAGCUCGUGCAAUGGCCAAGGAGAGACAGAAAAAAGACAACCACAACCUGAUUGAAAGGAGAAGGAGGUUCAAUAUUAAUGACCGCAUCAAAGAGCUGGGCACCAUGAUUCCUAAAACGAAUGACCUGGAUGUUCGUUGGAACAAGGGAACUAUUCUCCGGGCUUCAGUAGAGUACAUUAAACGGAUGCAGAAGGACAUGCAGAGAACCAGGGAAGUGGAGAGCAACUUCAAGAGGAUGGAGGUGGUCAAUAAGCAGUUGUGGCUCCGUAUCCAGGAGCUGGAGAUGCAAGCCCAAAUGCACGGUCUGCCUAGCAAUUCACCCUCAGGCAUGAACAACAUUGAAACCAUGAACCAGUUUGUGAAGCAGGAGAACAGCCCUGAUGAUCUUCACCACCAGCGACCUCCUCCUAAUCAGCCCCCUCAACUCCACUCCCAGCCCCAGCAGCUUCACCCUCAGCAGCUCCACCCUCAACAGCUCCACCCCCAGGUUUCUCAGCUCCACCCCCAGCCACCGCUGCAGUACUCGGCCGUAGGCAGCACACAGCAUUUUGACUUCAGCCAUGCACUGGACCUGUGCGAUGGCAGCAUACCAGGUUAUGCUGAUGGCAUGGGGUGCCUGGGAGAUUUGAGCUCUAUAGGGGGCACAGCUGGUAGCACUAUGGUUCACGCAGGCAAGAACGAGAUGUCCUGGAUGGAUGAGGGGCUAUCGCCGCUGGGCACAGACCCACUGCUCUCUGCCAUGUCGCCCGAAGCAUCUGUGGACAGCAGCCGCCGUAGCAGCUUCAGCAUAGACGACUCGGACAUACUGUGAAAUGGCUACAGCAGGAAUAUUAACACAUACAAACACCAGUUUUAUUAAAACAAAAAGGGCAACUUUUUAUGUCUUCAAGAUCAUUUUGGAGGAUAUCUCUAUAUUAUCAGCAGUCAACAAAACCUUUAUUACCUUAGAUAUGAUUUGAUACACUGCCAUACAUAGCCAUAUACUGGUAAAAAAAAAAAAACAUACAUACACUAAAUCUGGUACUUACAUUUCUUAUGUAUAUAUACAUCCAAAAAAUCCAAGUAAAAUACAUACCAGUGCUACAACACAAAUCCAAAAGGCCAUUUUAUUCAGAAGGAAACAUUUAAGCAUUUGUUGGUGAUAAAACAAGUAGCGAGCAAUGUUUAGUUCUCACUCCAAACAUAUAGCUUUAAUCAGUGCCUUCAGCAUUAAACCAACAGAAGAAGGAAGAGGAUCAUAGACUGAUAAUAGAUUGAUAUAGAAAUGCAUACAGUAUGUUUUUUUAAUUAAAUAUUAUCGUUGAAUGGCAGCUUUUUCUCAGGCAUUUGGGAAAAAAACUCAUCAGGGAGAUCAUCCCAAACAAAAAGGAUCUAAAGUAAUCCUUUAUUUGAAGAUCCCUUUUUGAAGGCAUUCAGUAAUCCUGUAUAGACGUUUAUUUGAUUUUUUGUUUUAUGUAUAAUUUGACCUAAUAAAGAUGUCUAUAUAAGUGUAAAUACGUGGGUUAAUGGUAGCUCCGAGGUUAAGGUUCUUGCGCUAGUGUCCAUAAGCCACAAAAAGUGCCUGUAGCUGAACAAGUCCCUUAUCAUCAACCCAUCAUUGUAGAUUAGAUUCUGCUGCAUCCCUUAGGUUUUUUUUUAGGAACUGUACCUAAAGUAUUGACUUAUUGACUUUCAAGGUGGAUUCUUAAAGUAAUAAGUAAAACUUAAGAACAUAAUAGUGUAAUAAAUGGGCUUGGUUUUAAUAUUUGUGCCAUAUGCAUUAGGUGAUUAGUGUAGUAGGAUGAUCAAGGUGCUAGAAAAAACAUGCAGGUGGCACAGACUAUGAAGCUAGCCUGUUAAUCCAGAAAGUGUACUUCCUCAGCAAGGUAAAACAUCCCCCAUGAUGAGUGUUCACCACUCAUUCAUAUUGACCCAGGUCAUUUUUGCAGUUUUCAUUUAAAAGUAACACGGCUACAAUAUCUUUAUCUGAGCUAUUAGCAAUAGAAACAAUAAUCACACACGUGGUCCUCAUUCAUACACUCCUUACAGCAGCAUGCGCAUGUGUGUGUGCAUGUGUGUGCGCACUGUAAAUAAAUAUGGAGAGUGAUGGACUCAGUAAUCUGUUUUUUUUUUUGUUUAUGAAUAAGUCAUUUUUAUCUCUUUUCUUUUACCUUGUUAUUCAGGUUAAAAUGACCCCUUUUUUGAUAUAUAAAUAUAUAUGAGACGUUAUAUAAGAAAGAAUAUAUAUAAGACCUUUCAGAUUAUUUUUUAUGUUUAUUAGCGAAAUGAAAGCAUACAUAAAGUUUCAUGUUGAAAAGAUUAAAAUGUGAUUCGGGUCAUUUUACCCUGAACAGAACAUGAGGUUUAAGCUCCUCAUUGCUAUGUGCACUUCCUCUCUGGCCCAGGGCAAGGAUCUCAUGUGCAAUUACAGCUAGGAAAUUUAAAAAAAAAAAAAACAAACAACAUUAUAUAGAGUGAGUUUUUUUUUUUUUAAGAAUAAGAGAAAUAGCCUUUGCAAUGUUUUCUUUUCUUUUCUCUCUCCCAAAGCACUGAAGGAAAAUUAUGAUUCAAUGGCUUUAUAAGAGAUGAUUUAAAAAUAUAUAUACAUAUAUAAAGAUUUUAUAUGCCACUAAGCCACUUAAGUGUAUUUUUAUCUUAUGUAACUUUUUUUAUUUGGUCUUCCAAAAAUGACCUUUGCUAUCAGAUUGCAGAGCCAUUUAAAUAUGAAAAUAUUUAAACCACUAGCCUUAUUGUACAUGGCAAGCAGAGCCGUGUUGUUAUUAUUAUUAUUUUUUAUGUUAGAAUUUAUCAGGCUUUUAAGAACAUAAAAAAGAACAUGUAUCAUGUUUUUAUAUUGAUUUGAUUUUUUUUAACAUAGUUAUUCAAAAAAAUAUAGAAUGAGUGAUGAUUCUGUAAUUUUAUCAGUUUGGAUUAAAACUUUGUGAAUGUGAAUUUUUCCUGUUGUACAGUUAAAUAGUUGAAAUAUUAGUUUUAAGCAAAGCAGCAUGAUUUUUUUUCUUCUUCCCAUGAUGCCUUCCUUUUCCUAAAACUAUACCCCUUUUACUGCCAUUAAAGACAACCUGCCUCAAAGUUUAAAUAGUUUUUACAGUGUUUCAGUGGCUCAGAGCUUUCUGACCUCCAUUUCCUUUGACUUCUAAAGUCCAAAAUUCCUCCAACGCCAGCAUUCAAGGACUUGUUCUGUUUCCUAUGCAAAUCUUUGACUUGGUAAACUGUAACAUUUAGAAUCAGUCUGAGCUGUUAUAGUGUUGGGGUUCUUUUAAUUUUGCUUAAAUGUACUAUUUUUUGUUAUGUUAUUUUCCAGGAAUGAUAAGGUUUGCUCUAAAUGAAGGAAUGAUAUCCUCUCAUCAGAUAACACAGGCAGAUUGUGAUUUAAAUGAUUGUUACUGUUUUAGUAAACACAUCCAAAAGCCUUUUGAAUUCAAUCUUGUAAAAUUUUAUGAAAGUCAAUGACAUCUAUUAUUAAAUGUAUUUAAGAUGAUUA